AUGACUGGCCUGCCUGAUACAGGCAACUCGAGCUGUCUUGGAAUAUGCUUGAGAGAUUCGAACGAUAAUGUCAUUGUCGAUGCUGUGGAUCAUGCUAGCCCGAAUGCGACAGCCAUCCAAACAGGGGAUGUCAUUUUGAGUGUCAACGGAGUUGAUGUUCAGGGACAGCGAUUGCAAUCGAUCAAACCUCUGCUCAAGGGUCCAGUAGGUACAACCGUUCAAUUGGUAGUGUUGAGGAGAAAUUUUCAGCAGAUUUCAACAUCGCUCGUCCGUCAUCCGCAACUGCCCGUUGCUUCUGAUACAAGUUCUGCUCCUGAACACAAGCUGAUCACGUGGGAUAGAGAGCAUGCCAGUCAGAAGAUGAAGGCUGUUCCCUUCAGUGAGAUCGGCACAGCAGAUGGAUGCUUAGAUGUUACCAUUGUCGAUCUGGAGAAUUUACCGGUCGCUUACGAAGUGGGCUGGUCUCUUACCGGGACCUUCGGUGGAACCUUAUGCAACCCAUAUGUUGAAUGCUCCGUUGGAAAUUUCAAGCUACAAACUUCGACGAUUUGUAAUAAGCUGAGUUCUGGUGUAAAUCAAACGCUGCGUAUUCCAGUCACUGGUAUAUUUCCCUUGAUUGUAUGUGUCAAGAAUAAGGAAACCACUUUGAUUGGAGAUGGUCAAAUUGUUGGACAACUCUCUUUCCCAAUGCAACAAAUUGCUAGAAGAGGCUUUCAUCAAUCAGCACGUUUUAGACUACUUGUUGCUGAUGAAGUCAAUGAGAGGAUUCCAACUCUGCGGGACCUCCCGAAAGGAGAGAGUGUGACUGGCUUGAAAGGUCGGCCUUCCACCAUACAAAUAGUUCUCUCUUACCAUGGUCAGCCAUAUGAACAACUUCAGCUGGCUGCUAAUCUGAAAGAACAGUACAAAGCCGCCAUGAAGGAGCACGAAAAUCUUUUGCAAAAGCACAAAAAUUUGGAAAAAGAAAAGAAGCUUCUUGAAGAGGAAGAACAGAAACUCAUAAAGCAAGAUCGUGACGAGGACGAGAAGUUGCGCAAAGCAAUCAUAAAAAAGACCGAGAAAGAAACUGAGUUGAGAGCGAGAAUUAUUGACUCGCAGCAGAAACGAGCGGAGAGGGAGCGUGAAAAGUGGAUUGAAGAAGCCAAGAGGCAGCAGGAGGCACUGGAAGCACAGGCAAGAAAGAUGCCGGAGGUUACUCAAGUAAAACCAGCAAAGGAACCAGACCCAGUUGUGCCAUCCACAUGGAAGGAACUGCCUCAAAUUGUGCACAAGGAAGAAGUCAAACCACAGGUUGUUCCAGAAAUCAAAGAGGAGGAAAAACCAGAGCCUAUCAAGGUCGCUUUGCAGAAGCCAGUCUCACGACAAGUCCCUGUCGUCGAGGAAACUUUGCCGGAAACUCCUGGCAACGAACCUCAUGCAAGCUUGCCACCUGAGCCUGUCCUGCCGGUCGAAGAGGGACCUCCAGCCCCAUCUAAAGAUGUUCUACGCAGUGCUGUUGUUCGUCGAGAAGAGCUCAACAAAGCCAUGUCCGGCUCGCAGAACCCAGGCGACAAGUUUGAGAUCGAGUUUCUUCCAGACGCUGUUGCUUCUCUUCGUGCACUUGCAGCCGCUGGAUAUGAGAUUGUGUUCAUCUCCUCUGCCGUUCCAUGGGUCGCGGACAAGAUCCUCAAGUUUUUGAUCGCGUCUGAUCUUGUUGGGCCCAAGAACCCUGUGCAGGAGAGCAAUGUCCUCUUCUGUCUUGAAGCCCAGGAGAAAGCUGAGAUCAUGAACCGGAUGGGCGGCUUUGUUGCCGCGAUGGAUCGUUCUUGGAGCAGCUGCUCGACCAUGAGCGAAGAGAUAGAAGGAGUGAACUGCUUUCUGUUCUCCCCAGACGCAGAGAAUGAGAGGUUGUUUUCCAAUGGAUACCUGAGCUGGCGCACAAAACGCGUUGAAAUGCAUGCACAUGUGCAGCAACUUGGUUCAUUGCAGAGACGAAUCAAUUCUAACCCUUCAGAUGAAACGCUCUUCAAAGAUGACAUUCUGCUUCUUUUGAACAAAAUCAAAAACAUGUACCAUCUACAGCAGGGAAAGAUUCUGGUAGUUCCUCACGAGAAGAGUCACUCUGCGUCGCUCCAGACACGCCAGGUGAACGAUGAAACAGUUGGUCGCCCCUGGUUGCAAGCGUGCGAGUCGCUUGGCGUCUCAAGCUCAAUGGUGCGAUCGUAUGAGUUCGUUCCGGGAGGAGAGAAGAAACAGAGCGUGAAAGGACAGACUGGCUUCUACCCUCUCGCGGCUUCUGCUGAUCAGGAAACUGUCAACCUUCUGAAAGGCAAUUCAACGCCACAAGGCUGGGAGGCGGUCAAAGACAAGAAGUCGGGGGUCUGGUUCUACGUCAACCACAAGUCUAAGACUUCCACCUGGCUCGUUCCUGUUCACAACGCCUCGGACAGCCGGGCUGCAGAAUGGAGCCAGAAAGCGAUCCGCACUGACUUGUUUCAAGGCAUCAAGGUCGACGUCGGCCUUACUCUCCGUAAAAGUAGCGAUGGAAAGUACCGUGUGUCGUUGAUGGAGGAACAUGGGCCUGCCCACCGGAGUGGGUUAGUUCAGAUUGAUGACGCUGUGAUAACCAUCGAUGGAAGAGAGAUAUCAUCGGCAAGCCAAGAAGAAGUCAGCAACAUGCUUGUCGGUGAUUUGAACAGCGGAGUAGUCUUAGGGUUGGAGAGAGGCAGCAAGACGAGUCUGCCUAUCUCCAACGCAGAAGACUGGGUCGCUCUGGUCUCAGAGGGUGUUCCUGAUCCUGUCGAGCCCAAGAGGUACUUCCUCUAUCGCAAUCGAAAGCUCACAGUGCCGGAGGAGGACGAUUCAGGAAUCUUCACCGUGAGAGACGCGGUGACUGGAGUCUUCGUCUACUCCGGGCCCGGGCGAUACGAAGGUGUUUGGCCUCUGCUGUGCAAGGAAGGUAAGCCGGUUGCUGGACGAACAGACGUAUUCGAAUGGCGCGGAAAGAUCGUGCAGCAGCCAACAUUCAAUCAAGCGGGAAUCGCGACAGUCUUGGACUACAAGACAAAGGAGGUUGUCUAUCGUGGUCCGGGGGACAUGUUUGUACCACAUCAUCCUGGAAACAAUCCUGGAGUUAGCUUCUUUGUCUACCUCCAGCGUUCCCCUCCAUCAAAGCGAGGCAGAGUCAUGAUCGACCUGGCCAGAAUCGUUCUACGAAUGUUUUCCUCAGACAUGAACAAGUCGCAAGAUCCAGCUGGAGUCAAGCUGGUGCUCAACUAUGAUUAUGACAAAAUGCAGUCUCGCAGAGAGUUGCUGCAGCAACAGAUCCGAUAUGACGUAGCGGAGGCUCUGAAUGUGGACCACGAGCAAAUCUCUGUUCCGUUUCUGCAGAAGGGAAGCGUGAUUGCUCGCUUCAACAUCUUGCGCAGUGCUCACUCCAACGGAGGAAUCAGUCCAGCGGCUUUGGCAGAUAUUUUGGUCCGGCAGUCAAAGGACCCCAGAUCAAGGCUGCGCUGCAUGCCGACCACUCGUCGCAUUGCGGACGCGAAGGUGGAAGGAGCAGCAAUCCAGGACUCCAAGGCGAUGCCGACGAGAGGUGGGGAGCUCGAGGACGGCGCUCACUUGGAAGAGCCUUACCUGGAGGUUUACCUGCUUUCUGCUCGAAACCUCCCCUACCUGGAAUCGAUCAGGUUUCCCGAUGCUGUUGUCGAAGUGUCGAUGGGCAGUCAGUGCAAGUACACGAAAGUCUUCAAGGACUCCAAGGCUCCUAACUUCAAUCAGGUGUUUCGAUUUCCCAUGGGAGACAACCAGCAGAUCAAGUUACGAGUGUUCGAUUUUGCUGGCCUGAUGGACGGUCAACAUCUGGGGGAGAUCGUGAUCAACUUGUCACAGCUGUUCGCAUCCGAGCAGCAAGUUCUGGACGGCUGGUUUGACAUGCAGGACAUGAAGAGUCGCCUGUACCUCGAUGGAAAGGCAGAAAGUGCUGCCUUGUACCUCAAGAUUGCUCAUGUCACCCGCUCAGGCCACCAAAUGAGGUCGAGCAACAGCAUGAACUCCAAGCCCGUCCCGAGGAUGAGGCCGAUCUCAGACGACCAUCCCUUCUUUCCCGCUCCUGCUCAGGUUUCGAGUCAACGAUUUUUCACUGCAGAGACGCCGAGUGCUGUAGUUCAGACGCCAGUCGUCAAUGUGCCACGUCCUGCCCCGAGUGCUCCGGCGACGAAGGAGCCGAUGGCCAAGUUGGUUGUCUUCAUCUUUGGAGCUUCGGGACUGCCACCAGAGGGAAGGCAGUACCAGGUAGAAGCACGAUUCUUGAACGAAACCAAGAAGACGCUCAGCAAGUCUGGUUCCUCCGUUGUCACCUUCAACGAACUUUUGCAGUUGGACGUUUGGUCAGAGUCGGACUCAAGUAGCACGCUCGAGCUGCGCUUGUUGGAGAUUCCCGACAAACUCGUCGGAAGGACGAAGUUUGCCGUUCCUUUUCUCAUCUCCUGCGCGCAGAAAGGUGAGAAGACGGAAGCUUCCUUCAAGCUGCAGGACGAGACUGGCAACGAGGCCGUAGGAGGCAAGCGGUCGACAGCAUUGAAGAUGAAGUUGCAGUACUUGCGACCUGGCGAGAAGUUCGAAGUUCCAAUCGAAGAGACCAGGGAGGAAGGCGUGAUUGGCAUCGACUGGGAGCCCGUGAACAAGACCAACAAGCUCAAGAUCUACUCGCUGCCAGCAGGGAGUCCAGCAGCAGAGGCGGGCUUGAAAAAGGGAGAUGUGCUCGCGGCUGUGAACGGGAAGGACGUGUCGCAACUUUCAAUUCAGGAUAUAAUCAAGCUGGUAAAAGGCAAGGUGGGAGAGGAAGUUGAAAUCACCGUCUCCCGCGAAGGGAGACUCGUCUCCGCCAAACUUAUUCGCAAGGCUCUUUCUUAG